UUUCCAUGUUUAGGUUUUUUUUUGCACCGUUCAAGCAUAUUAGCCGAUUAGCACCGGACUGACAUGUUCAAACAAAGAGGAAGAGGAGGGUCAAAUGUUGAGUUCAACAUUAGUCCACAUCCUGCAUUCCACACAAACACCAUUUGACCACAGACCGUGGCAGUCUGAUUCCUGGCUUCAAAAGCAGGCCACUGGCUGCCAAUCUCAUUAGAGGAUUAUAAGGAUACGAUGUCAUACCCGGUGCUGAACAAACAGACACACAUGCUGCUUCCUGGCUGUCCUGACACUUUUCCAUUCAGCUGAAUUCAGCACUGCGACAUGGCAGCAGAUCUCCCACAGUUUUGGACCUAAUGCCUACGUUUGGGUGAAAUCUGGACCGCAUCUUUCUGCGAUGAUGUCAGAGUCUGAUCCUGACUCAGUAACUGAAACUGAUUUUACCAGUAAACUGAAUUUGUUUCGGAUACAAGUGAACAGCCAGGAAGGAGGAGUCAUUUGUUCAGAAUGAAGCGGGUUGAAGUGUUAAUAUUUUAUUUCUUACUGAUUGUUUGGUGCGUUCGGCCUGUCGACAGUGACUUUCUGGUCUCAGAUGUUACCCAUGAUGAUGAUGCCCACCCCAACACCCUCACAGAAACCGACGCCGAUGCACCGGGCAGGAAUAUCCAAACAAACAGGGACAUACGGGACACGAGCAUGGAGACAAACUGGGACGAGCCAGAUAUGAGAAAGGACCACUAUGAGGACGCUGACUGGCAUCCUUUUACCUCCUUUACGGAAACGCUUACCGACCUGACCCCUGACGCCCCACUGGUGAUACGCAAUGACAACACUGGCGCUGAAGAUAGCACCAACCAAACCUUCAACCAGACUAUCAGCAAUUCAUCAGCGUCAGAGUGCGGUGAGUUCAGCAGUCAGCUGAUGUCUAACGGACAAUGCCGACUGACUGCAACACUUCCUCCUGUAGGAAAUUCUCAAAAACGCUGCCCAGACAUGUUCCGGUGUACAGACGACGUCUCCCAUUGGCUCCAUGAGAACGAAAACAGAAAGGAGCAGCUGGAAGAGCUGAAAGAGACGAUGUCAGGGCUCCAGGAGGAGCUGAGGAACCACCGGCAUCGAGUCAAGGCCCUGGAGAUGCAGGGUGAAGAAAGUGUUAACUUAAACUCAACCUUUCACCAGCGGUUGCGUUCUCUGGAGCGCCGUCACGCCGAGGCCGACACGCUGCUCCACGUGCACGCGGCGCUGCUGUACGAGCUGCAGGUGCAGCUCCGAAACCUGUCGGCAACCGCGCGCCACAUGAGUCACAACACGGGCUGCAAGGUCAACGUGAUCAGGACUGCGCCACCACUCGGCAUGCGAGACACACUGCCGCCAGAUGUACAGCCCCUGUCUUUCUGUCCAUCAGACUGUGCGUCUCUGUAUCACAACGGUGUCCGUCGUUCUGGUGUUUACACCAUUGUCCUGUCACCAGGCACCGCCCGGCCGGUCUACUGCGACAUGGAGACCGAGGGUGGAGGCUGGACAGUGUUGCAGCGGCGCCGUGAUGGGUCAGUGAGCUUCAACCGUGGAUGGUCUGAGUACCGUGAUGGCUUUGGCGAGCCGCGAGGUGAACACUGGCUGGGGAACCAGCACCUGCACCGGCUGUCUAACCAGGGCCACUACAGCCUCCGCAUUGACCUGCAGGACUGGAGCCACGCCCACAAACAUGCUCUGUACCACACUUUCAGAAUCGAGGAUGAGGACAACCAGUACCGCCUGCAUGUGUCCGGUUUCAGCGGGACAGCGGAGGAUUCGUUCGGCUGGUAUCAUGACCUGCAGGGUUUCAGCACACCAGACACGGGCAACAUCUGUGCUGAGAUCAGCCACGCUGGCUGGUGGUUCCACCAGUGUUUCUAUGCUAACCUCAACGGUGUCUACUACAAGGGGGGGCACUACUCUCUGAAAGCUCAGAACUUGCUGGGGCCAGAUGGCAUUGUUUGGUUCUCCUGGAAGGAUUCAGACUUCUACUCUCUGAAGGCGGUCACCAUGAUGGCACGACCACAUAACUUCAGGCCACGCCUGUCACCAUAGAAACACUCUCAAUGACACUCAAGAAUUCUGCAGCAGCAGAUUUUUGAAAACAUUUUUCUAGAAAGUGACUGGUGAUUCUGCACAGGCUGUUUUAAAAGUCAUUGGCCACUGAAAUGUAAGCUAAUUCAGAUAUUUCUUCCAAACUAACUUCACAAAUAAUUGCCCAAUGAGCAGCACUUGAGCUGAGCAACUAAGAGCUUCCAGAAGUAACUGUACCAGAAUCAAUUACGUACUGGAAAUAUUCCCCCAAAAAUGCAUCAUUUCCUUCUGUAUAACUUUUUGCUUUUUUUUUUUUUUUUUAAACAUAAAUGAUGAAUAAAACUGAUUAUUUUUGAGCUGUUUGCAGGGAUUUCUAUCAAUCAUAAAAUGCUUGCUUAAAGAUUUUCUUAACCACACCAAGUGCCCUGAAAUCACUUUAAAUUCAAACUGACACACCACUGGACUUGAACCUGAGACGCACAGUCAACUCAGAAAGUAGUGAAAGUUCCACGUUGUUGGUUUGGGGGAAUUUAAAGGAUGAAGAUUUCCUGAAACACGAGCAGCAGCUGGUACAGAAACCAACUGGUAACACUUGAUUUCACAGCUAACAUCAGUAACCCACAGGUCCACAUGUUAAUGAGCGUGUUCACAGGGUUCCUACAGCUUCGGGAAUUUUUUCUCAAGGCCAGUUUAACAAGAUCCAAGGACACGUGUGUGUGGCCAUCAACGGUAACACCACAGAUUUGUGGUCAGUGCGGUCACUCUCAGAGUUUGAGAACAGCUUAGGAUUCAGUUUGGUUUUUUAAACAUUAAUGACAUUUAAGGUCAUACUCUCCCGAUAACGACUAGAAUGCCUUUCAAUGCUUUAAUGAUCUACAAAAACUCUGCUUGUCUCAACAUGUAAAAGCGAACUGUGAGCCUUUUCUAUUUCGUUAAAUUAAAUGUUAAGCAACAUUUAUUUUAAGGCACUGCUCUGACUGUCACUUUGUUUACUCCUGAAACAUGUAAAAUGAUCUGGUCGAUCAGACCUUCAGG